AUGUCGUCAGCUGUAGAUGCAAUUGAAAGCAUCAUAGGCCGGUCUGGUAAAUACCAAACUUGGAUUAUGUUUUUAAUACUUAUUGGAAGGUUUCCCACCGAAUACCAAAUAUCAAACGUAGUGUUUAUUUUACCAAAUGUUGAUUAUGUUUGUAUGGAUGGAGACGCCUAUAAUUUGACCAAUCACUGUCCCUGUCAAAAUCCCAGUUAUGAUGUUAGUUCAAUUGAAAAUUCUGUGACUAGUGAGUGGAAUUUAAUAUGUGAACGAAGUUACCUAGCAAGUUUGACACAAUCUCUUUUACAAGUUGGAAUUUUAGCUGGCAGUUUAGUAUUUGGUCAUAUAUCUGAUAGGUAUGGCCGACAAGUGGCAUGUUUACUCGCAUUAUUUGCAGAAGUUGUGUUUACAGCAUUAUCUGCUCUCGUACCAGAACUGUGGAUGUUCAUAAUAUGUCGGUUUUUGAUUGGAACAGCGGCUGGAGGCUCAAUGCUUUGUUGUUAUGUAAUAUUAGUAGAACUUUGUGGUAAAUCGUUUAGACCCUAUCUUGCUGGUCUGAAUGAGGUAAGCUACGUUAUGGCUUACUUCACACUACCGAUAUUUGCAUACUUUAUACGAGAUUGGCGAGAAUUGCAAAUGGCAACAUCCAUACCUUGGAUAUUUGUAAUGUUUUAUUAUUGCUUUAUACCUGAAUCUCCUAGAUGGCUUAUAACGAUGGGACAUAAAGAAAAAGCUAUUGAGAUAUUAUCAAAUAUCGCUCAAAAAAAUAAGUUACCAACUGAAAAUAUUAGAUCAACAGUGGAUAAUAUAAUGAAAGAAAUACAAGUUCAAAAUGGAAAACAAAAAACCUACAGCUAUUUAGAUCUUUUUAAAACUCCAAAAGUUAGAACAUACACGAUAAUCAUGGCAUUGGUUUGGAUGUGUUGUGCAAAUACUUUCUUUGGAGUCAACCAAUACAUUGGUCGACUUCAAGGAAACAUUUACCUUAACGUCAUGCUGUCAGCUGCGAGCCAUGUGCCGGGAUUAAUUAUAGUAGUUUUUGCUUCUAUGUAUUUGAGACGAAAAAUUAGUGUUAUUACUAGUUUUGGUACUGCCGGGAUAUCUUUGCUAGUUUUCCUAUUUUUACCGAGCGACAUGAGACUCUUGGGGCUAACUUUUAUGAUAGUAGGUCUUACAGGUGCAUAUACAUCUUUUGUUCAAAUAUACUUAUUUUCCUCGGAAAUUUUUCCAACAGUUAUACGAAACUCUGCAAUGGGAUUUACAUCGGUUUUUGCUAGAAUUGGUGGUCUCAUUGCACCAUUUAUUGUGAAUAUUGGUGUAGAGUGGAUCUCUAUCUCAAUAUUUAGCUCUCUGGCUUUCUGUGCUGGAUGUCUUUGCUUUUUCUUACCGGAAACAAAAGGUACAGUACUUUUGAAUACUAUCGAUCAAACUGAAAUAAGUAAUGAUAGGAAAACUAGAAGC